GAACACCGAGUCCGAUUUUAUUUACAUUUUACGAAACAGUAUGACAUGAUAAAAAUAUUUAGGACACGUAUUCGCCAUCAUGUAAACACCAGCAGGAUUUCUUUAUUGUCCAUAGGAACCGUUUUCUUACGAAAACUACAUCUUCACGGAAUAAUGUCUUCGGGAUCUUUAGAGUCCCUGAAUUUUGACAAUUUGGUUCUUCGUUCCCUUCCCAUUGACUCGGAGGAAGAAAAUUAUAUUCGUCAAGUUUCAGGAGCAUGCUUCUCCAAAGUAAAACCUACCCCUGUGUCUAAUCCUCAGCUGGUUGCUGCCUCUCUGCCUGCCCUGUCACUCAUUGACAUUGACCCUAAACAGGUGGAGAGGGCAGAUUUCGCGGAAUUUUUCAGCGGCAACAAACUCCUGCCUGGGAGUGAGACAGCAGCUCAUUGCUACUGUGGCCACCAGUUUGGAUAUUUCUCAGGACAGCUAGGAGAUGGUGCUGCCAUGUAUCUUGGUGAAAUUGUAAAUAAGUCUGGAACACGAUGGGAAAUUCAGUUGAAGGGUUCUGGACUGACUCCUUUUUCGCGGUCAGCUGAUGGUCGAAAAGUUCUCAGGAGUACCAUCAGAGAAUUCUUAUGCAGUGAAGCCAUUCAUCACCUGGGAAUCCCAACAACAAGAGCGGGAAGCUGUGUCACAUCAGACAGUCGAGUGGUAAGGGACAUCUUCUACGAUGGGCACCCAAUACAAGAGAGGUGUUCCAUAGUUCUCAGAAUAGCUCCCACAUUCCUCAGAUUUGGGUCAUUUGAGAUUUUCAAAGCCACAGAUUCCGAGACUGGGAGGACAGGGCCAAGUGUAGGGAGAAACGAUAUCCUAAAGCAGAUGCUGGACUACACUGUACAGACAUUUUAUCCAGAGAUUUGGCAAGCUCACAGUGCAGACAAGGAGACAGCCUAUGUGGAAUUCUUCAAAGAACUCACCAGAAGGACAGCACGACUGGUCGCUGACUGGCAGAGUGUGGGGUGGUGUCAUGGAGUCCUGAACACAGACAACAUGAGUAUUGUAGGAGUGACCAUUGACUACGGACCAUUUGGAUUUAUGGACAAAUACGAUCCAGAUUUUAUAUGCAAUGCAUCAGAUGAUGGUGGGCGGUACACCUACAUAAAACAGCCCCAGAUCUGUAAGUGGAACAUCAAGAAGUUUGCGGAGGCCAUUCAAGGGGUAGUCCCUCUGGCAAAAACUGUCCCAGAGACCAAGAUUUUUGAUGAAGAAUACAGUGAUUACUACACGAAGAAAAUGAGGAAAAAGUUUGGUUUGAUCAACACAAUAGAAGAACAAGAUGGUGACUUGGUGGGAUCAUUUCUGGAUACUUUGCAUAAGACGGGUGCAGAUUUCACCAACUGCUUCCGUUGUCUGAGUUGCCUCCCUUUGCCUGGAUCUCCAGACUUUGAAGAGCGCCUGCAGGAAGUGACAGAGUACCUUCUAUCCCAGUGUUCCACUGUGGAGGAACUGAAAAAGGAGUACAGGCCCCGUAUGAACCCAAGGCAGUUUCAGAUGAUCAUGAUGCUGAUGGAAUCUAACCCGCAACUAGCCCCUGCUUUGGGAAGAGGGUUUGCUGCAUUUUCACAGGAAAUUGAACGUCUUGAAAAAUCAAAGGAGCUUGAGAAUGUUACAGAUGAGGACAAAAAGAAAGAAAACCAGGCACUGUGGACAGCGUGGUUAAAGACUUAUGUGGAGAGACUGAAGAAGGAGGCGGACAAAGUGACUGACCUAACGGCAGCCAAUCAGAGGAGGAAAGAGGUCAUGAAUAUGACCAACCCAAGAUUCAUCUUAAGAAACUACAUCGCACAGAAUGCUAUUGAUGCUGCAGAGAAGGGUGACUUCUCGGAGGUGCGCCGAGUGUUAGAGAUCCUACAGACCCCGUACAGCGAGGACCUGGACUUAGUCAGUCUAUCACAGGCUACUGCUGAAACUACUCCGCCUGCUGCGACAGAAGACACUUCAAAUUCUGUUGAAUCAAGAACAUUUGUAGGACAGUGUUACGACGGGAAACCGCCAUCUUGGUCAACAGAUCUGAGGGUCACGUGAUCCUCGUAGAUCCACACCAAAUUAGCCUGUUCCGAACAUCAUGUGUUGUAUGAAAGCAUUAAGUAGCUGAUUAAGGAAAUGUUGAAAUUCUGAGAAAAUCUAUUAAUGAGAAAGUCAUUACAUGUGUGUUUCUAAAAACCUUCUUCUCAAAAACCAUUUGGCCAUAAAAGCUGUAACUUAAGUGAAAGCAACUUUAGAUAGUGUUGUCGGUUUUAUUUUAUUUUUUGGCACUUUUGAAAGAAUGUCCUGAUCUUUCGACGAGAUCCUUUUCUACACUCCUUUAUUGGACGAACAACACAAUGCCAAAGAAUAACAAUCUCACAAAAAUUGUCGUUAUUCAAUAAUCGGACACUGUUUGUAGAAUCAAAUUAAGUUUAUUGUCAGUCUUUGCUUAGAUAAACAACUCCCUGACAAAACAAUGACAGUACAGGGGCGGGACUGCUAUUUAUGACUGUCAGAGGAACAGGGCUCAGUCGAUUGGUGUGGGAGUACUACUGUAAACCGUAAUCACGUGACUCCGUGGGGUUCCUAAUCAACGGGACUUGAAUGACGGUUUUGAAUGCAACCUUCACUGGUAUUCAGAACUUGAUGAUUAGAUGUCACGUGCCAUUAUGCGACACUCUUCCUAAUUAAGGGCUGUUUUGUAAUAAUUACGUUUAAUAUGAUAUUAUAUUAUGUAUUUCAUGAUUUAUCAUAUUGAUUUAUUAUUUACAUGAAAUAAAAGUAUGUAUUAUUA